AUGAUCUCAAAAAAGUUUUUAUAUAGUGAGCAAAUCUUGCAGCUUGUAUUAGCGUUAAGUUUACUUCAAGUAGAUCCUAUAAAUUAUCUGGAAUGGGGGGUGUCAAGGGUUCACAAUUACGAUGAUGGCUCACCAUGGCAGUUAGAAAUAGCUCCUACAUCAUUUUCCGACUAUCCAUAUAUGAAUCGGAAGACUUAUGUCCCACUAAUAGAGGAUUUAAUAGAUUUAGAUAACAAUAGAAUAAGAAGUUACGAUGUGCAAGCUUAUCUGCUCAACUUUGAUAAUACUUAUCCAACGCUAGGGUCUACAAAUGACAAUGAAAUUAACAAUAAUAAUCAUAAUUAUAAUAAUCAAGAAAGAAAUUCUACCUCGAAUACUUCAAUAGCUUCUAAUACAACAAGUAUUAAUCAUAGUGACAACGAAAGUAGCAAUACUGAAGCAUCAUCAAUAGAACCUACACUGAAUCUCGUUAAUUUAGUUCGGAAUAGAUUUCAUGAACUUGAGCAUGAUGAUGUCUUUUUAAAUUCGGAUCUUUCAGCAAGUGAAAACAUUGAAUCAAUUGUUGAUCAAAACCUAGCUGAUCUCCAUGACUACGAGGAUCGUCAAAUGCCAAACUUCCUCAAUGUUCCCGUAAAGCAUGAAAAUAUCGAGCAAGGAUUUCUUGUUGGACGACAAGAUGAAUCACAAAGUAUUGAGAAUAGAUUAAGCGUAUUGGAAUUAAAUUUGAAUAGGACUGAAUUAUCAACAUCAGAUGUGAUAGACUGGAAUGAAUAUCUUUCUCUUUUGAAUGAUUCUUCGACAUCAGAAGAAGUAUUUCGAAAACAUGAUAAAGAAUUAACUGAAAGUAUUAAGACUGAAGCUAAUGAAAUAAGUUUUGAAAAUGACGGUGAAUUAGUAACAUCAAGUGUAGAGCUCACAUUGGAGGAAAUGGACUUAAUUGAAGUACUUUGGAAGCAGGAUGUGGAUUUGGGAUACAACCCUCCAUUAUCAGUGUCACAAAAAGAAGCCACAGCAGAAGAUGAUAUCGAAAAGUUGAAAGCUCUGCUGGAAAUGAAAGAUGAUAAGCCAUCUGAAGAAAGCAACAAUCUUAAUCCAUGGGCAGGUUUAUCAUACACUAUUGAUACAGAAACUGGUGAAUAUAUUUUACAAUCAAACAACGGUGAAAAUAAUUCAAGCGAAUUUUUAUUAUUCGAUGAACCUCUGCAGUUAAAUAAUAUCAGUGAAUUAAACCAGAACAAGAAAGGAGAAAAUACUGUUGAAAAAGUAAGCGAAGAGUCGAAAAAAGAAGAUUCAGAAGAAACAACUGAAGAUCUUGAGGCAACACUUGAAAAUAAUUUAAAACUUGAUAUUGGAGCGGAUAAAGAUGAUUUUGAUUUCGAUUUAAAUUCUUCAUUGUCCAUAUUACUUGACGAAACAGAAGACCUUGAUUUACUCAGCGAAAUGAUGAUUCAACCAUCAGCAACGCAUUUUCAACAUCCUCGACAAACAAAUCAGAAUUAUGCACACUGUGUCAACAGCUAUCGACAAUCUAGCUAUCAGGGACGAGUUCCUUCCUUGGGUCGCACAAUGUCGAUGGAGCAACGCUGGCAAGAUUUGGCCAAUUUGCUAAGUUUUCCACCUGCAAUGGGAAUGGCUGAUAUGUCCUCACAUGCCAGCGCUCAUUAUCCACCACAUUAUCCUUAUCAAAUUUUUCAUUUUCCUAAUCAGGCAAGCGGACCGAUGACACAGCACGGUCAAUUCGCUCAUCCACAUUCCCAUCCAGCCGUACUUCAUAACGCGUCACUCGCUGAUAUUUCAGCACAACCUUCAACAUCACAUCACUUGCAACCAUAUAGCUCUAAUUUGGGCUCUGCUGUUGCAUCGAGCAUGCAUUUGACAAACUCAAACUCAGAAACAGAUGCAGGAAACCAAACACCGUACAAAAUGGAGCAUGAUUUAAUGUAUUAUUCGCAAGCAAAUCCAGCAGAAAUUAAUCAUCCAAGCGACGGCAUUUUGAAUAUCUUCAACGAUGAAGACUUACAACUUAUGGAUAUGGCUGUUAAUGAAGGAAUGUACACUAUGCGUAUGUUGGAUCAAAACAAUAGCUGUGCUAAUGCCUCUCUCGGUUCAACAAAUGCAUUGAUGGGUUCAAAUAUGCACACAAAUUUAUCGUCGGGUAUUGCUUCAACAUCCACAAGCAGUUCAUCUACAGCACCACAUGUCACCAGUGGUGAUAGAUUAGACGCAUCUAGCGACAGUGCUGUAAGUUCAAUGGGAUCAGAAAGAGUUGCAUCACUUUCUGAUGGUGAAUGGAAUGAAGCUGGCAGUGACUCUGCUCAAGAGUAUCAAUCCAGAAAGUUUAUCGGACCAUAUGAUUAUCGUUACAACAAUAGUCGCAUGAUGGAAACAAAUCGACAACAAGUACCACAAAAGAAGCAUCAAAUGUAUGGCAAGAGAUUUGCACAUGAAUCACUUUUGCCUCCACCGCCACCAAUUCAUCAUCAUCCAUCAAAUGUUGGAACUUCAGAAGCCAUUCCUAAUAUUCCAUUAAAAUAUGAACCAUAUGAAGGAUACACAAAUGCUGUAAAUCAAACAUCAUCAGCAGCAUCGAGUGUCAUCAAACCACCAACAACCUUAAUGGAUCCCGAAAUGAAAUAUUCAUACUCACUUGAUUUUCCACAUCAAAGACAUAAGAAUGCAAACGGCAUAUCUGCAAAUGAACUUAUUAGUCACAACCAUACAUAUGUCAUGCCUCCACAUCCUCAUUCAGCGGCACAGCUAUUGAAUGGAAACGGUGCCAAUCCGAAGCCACAAACUCGUGAUAAAAAAUCGAAAAAGAUCGAAGAUGAACAUUUGACACGAGAUGAAAAACGCGCAAGAUCUUUGCAAAUUCCAAUCACGGUGCAAGAUAUCAUUAAUUUGCCAAUGGAUGAAUUCAACGAACGUUUGUCAAAGUAUGAUUUGAGUGAAAAUCAGCUCUCUUUAAUAAGAGAUAUACGUCGUCGUGGAAAGAACAAAGUAGCAGCACAAAAUUGCCGUAAACGUAAACUCGAUCAAAUCGUAUCGCUUGCUGACGAGGUGAAAGAUAUGAAGAUGAGAAAGGAGCGUUUCCUUCGCGAGCGAGAAAUGCUUUUGACUGAACGUAGACGCAUAAAAGAUAAAUUUGCUGCACUUUAUAGGCACGUUUUUACGAAUUUGCGUGAUAAUGAUGGAAAUCCAUACAGUUCUUAUCAGUAUAGUUUACAACAAUCUGCCGACGGUUCCGUUGUUUUGGUCCCAAGAUCCGAUCAAAAUUCUUCAGAUAGUGCAUCGAGUGGAUCAUCCCGUGGCAACAAUAAUAAUGGGAACGGAAAUGGACAUAAUUCGCACGGAAAUAAUUCACCAAACUUUAAAUAA